CUCACUCCAGCGCACAGACGCUCCAAACUUGUGGAGCGCGCCGCGGAAACUUCCCAAAGGACUUUUAAACAGCGACUCGCUCCGCACCGACAAGACCAAGAGAGGAGAAGACGCACUUUGUGUGAGGCAACGCGGUGCGGGGAUGGCGAGGAGGAGCGAUGGUCCUCCCGCCGCGCGGCUCAUGUGAGGCCGGCUCUCAAAACGUGACGCUUUUGAAAGCGAGGCGGGCAGGAGCGGCGAAACACGCCAAAGAGGGAGAGAGAAGGAGUUCCGCAACAAUUCCGCGGGUGGUGCCGUCAACUCGACAGCAUGGUGUGCGCGCGGGGGCUCGGCUGGGUGCUCUUGAGCGCGCUCCUGCAGCCGGUGGCGCCCUGGGGCGCGCGGCCGGACGCCAGACCCAGGCAGUGCGACGCGCCCAAGUCGCAAAGCGACAUGAACUCCUUCCUGUGGACAGUGAAGCGCGCGCCCCCCCAGCCGCCUUCCUACCUGUACGGUACCAUCCACGUGCCUUACACGCGAGUGUGGGACUUCAUCCCGGACAUCUCCAAGCGGGCUUUCCGCAACAGCCACAACGUUUUCUUUGAGCUGGACUUAACCGACCCGCUCACCGUCUCCAAGCUGACCAGCUGCCAGCUACUUCCCCAAGGGGAGAACCUCCAAACGCUGCUACCUCGAGACUUGUACCGCCGCCUCAAACGCCACCUGGACUACGUCAAGCACAUGAUGCCGUACUGGAUGACGGCGGACCAACGCGGGCGAGGGCUCUAUGCCGAUUACCUGUUCAACGCCAUCGCGGGGAACUGGGAGAGGAAGAGGCCGGUUUGGGUGAUGCUGAUGGUUAACUCGCUGACAGAGUGGGAUGUGAGGUCCAGGGGCACGCCGGUGCUGGACUUGUUUUUGGCGCAGGAGGCCGAGAGGAUGGGAAAAACGACAGGGGCGGUGGAGCGGGUGGAGGAGCAGUGUCACCCUCUCAAUGGCCUCAACUUUUCUCAGGUGCUAUUCGCCUUGAACCAAACGCUGCUGCAACACGAGGGUGUCCGAGCGGGGAGUCUGCAGGGCGCCUACACCACCGAGGACCUCAUCACGCAUUACAACUGCGGGGACCUCAGCUCCAUCAUCUUCAACCAUGACAACUCGCAGCUGCCCCACUUCAUCAACAGCUCUCUGCCAGCUUACGAGCGCACCACGGCGCAGCAGAUCGACAGCUACUUCCGCCAGGAGCUCAUCUACAAGCGGAACCAGCGCAUGGCUCGCCGCGUAUCCGCCCUGCUGCAAAGGAACCCCAACCAGACCUACUUUUUCGCCUUCGGCGCAGGUCAUUUUCUGGGGAACCACAGCGUGCUGGACAUCCUCCGACAGGACGGCUACGUGAUCGAUCACGUGACGCCUGAUGACCAGCAGCCUGUGACAUUUCAACCAGACAGCGAGCCAACCGGCGGCACGAGCAUGGCUCCUCCCACCAGUCUGCCGACGAGUUCGGGCGAGACGGAGCUAGACGAGCCGAGUAGCAUGCCUGGCAUUGGCGAUGAGGAGGAGGAGGAGGAGGAAGAGGAGCUGACUCACAUCCUGCAGCCGGACAGCCUGAGCCAGCUGGAGGAGUUCGGACGGCACAAGCGUGGUCGAAAAGUUCACCGAGGCCAUGGGAGGCCCCGCCUCUUUAGUGACCUCUGGGUUCGCUUUGGGGACGGCACCGCCCUGCCCCCUAACGUGAGGAUCAUCAACGGUUAUGUGACAGUAGAGCCCCUGCUGACCCGCCCAGAGGACCGCGUCACGGCUCCGCCCUCCUCCACGCCGUCCGGCCCCACCUCGGCGCAGCCGCCCUCGUGGAUCCACAACACACCGUCACUGACGUGCGCGUUCGCCUGGCUGCUGUCGUACGUGCUGCUCAUCUCCUGACCGCCGGGAGUGGAGAUGAGCAGGGGUGCAAUCUGCCAUUGUGAAAAAAAUAAUAAAGAAAAGACUACCGCAACGCGCUCGACAGAUAAGCAGGAAUGGUCUGGGUGACGCUGCCAAGCCCCUCAAAAAGCUGCCAAGGCAUGUGGGCUGCACAUGUGGGGGUCACACAGUGAGUGGACUGCAAGGGUCCAAAGGCCUUCACACCACAGGGAAGAAAACUCACCGGAGAACUCGCCUAUUUACAGUUGGUGCGGUCGCAUGUGGUGACCAUUACAUCAGUGGAUCUCAAACUAGGAUCCGGGAGCCACAGUUUGGGGGUUCGCAAAAUGAUUUGAUAUCAAUUGUGUUUUAUUAUUUUAAACAAAGUUCCUAAGGGGGACCGGUGCCAAUAGAACAUAAACUGGGUACUCCUGCCUCCUUUAGUUUCGAGAUAGAUAAACGUGCUGAUAUGAUUGUGCCAAAUUAGCACAUAAAACGAAAGAGAUACGAGUGACCUAACUUGAGUUCCAGAUCGUAAAAAGAAGAAAAACAGAGCCUCAAGGUGGUGACUGCCACACCUGGUUGAAGUUUACAGUCAAAGUUAACAUCUAACAGAGAAGUGCACCUUGUAUAUUACAACAACCACACAAGUGUGUCUUUAAGCCUGCUAGCUUGAUACAAUGUAAUGAAAAGCAUCAGUCACCCAAUGUUGCCACGGCCUGAACGACAAGGAUUUUUUUGGGGGCCAAUUUUAAAAUAGUACAUUUUGGCAAAAAACUAAA